ACAGAGACACACGCAGAGACACACAUAGACACACAUAGACACACACAGAGAGACAGAGAGACACGCGGACUACUGCCACUGCUGCUUCUGCUGCUUCACGUUCCCCCAAUCCACCGCUGGACGAGGUCAGCGGUCGCGUGAAUCAGUGGUGAAUCUCGCACCUCCGCUCCGCACACUUCACCAUAACGAUGGCCUCGCACGCCCAGUCGCCGUUCAUCAUCAAGCGAGAGAACGAAGAGAAUCCGAGCCUCUGGAUGGGUCCCGAUUCGACGGUGAAACGCGAGGACGCGGACGCUGCUGCUGCAGCAGCAGCAGCAGCAGCAGCGCUCGUGAAGCAUGAAGAUGAAGGCAGUCUGGGAGCGGAGAUUCCAAGAAUCGUGGUGAAAACCGAAGUCGGGGAAGAUGCCACAGUUCUGCAUGCGGUUAAAGUGGAACGAGACGGGGAAUGGUCGGAAGAGACGAGAGACCCCUACGGAUUGAUGGUCGCCGCAGACCGUAACUUCAUCGAGGUGGAGCUCUCGGAGGAGGAAAUCGGUGCUGCGGACGGAGCGGGCGAACCGGAGACGCUGUGCGAGGACUGCGCCAAGGGCGGACGCUUCGACGGCGACGCGGGCAGAGUGGAGUGCGCCGGCGAGACUCCGCGGGCCUGCGCGGAGUGCGGCAAGGCGCUGGAGGGAGCGGCGCUCUGCGUCGUCUUCGCCGCCGCCGCCGCCGCCGCCGCCGCCGCCGCCGCCGGCCGCCGGAGGCACACCUGCAAGGACUGCGGCCGCGGCUUCGAGCUGCGGUCGCACCUGGAGGAGCACGCGAGGCGGCACACGGCCGAGAAGCCGCACGUGUGCCACGAGUGCGGCAAGGGCUUCGCGUCGCGCUACACCCUGAACUCGCACUUCAUGUCGCACACGGGCAAGUGGCCGCACGUGUGCAAGGAGUGCGGCAAGGGCUUCGCGCGGACCAACUUCCUGGAGGCGCACGCGAGGACGCACACCCGCGAGAAGCCGCACGCGUGCAAGGAGUGCGGGAAGAGGUUCGCGACGUGCUACUCGCUGAACACGCACGCCAUCUCGCACACGGGCGAGUGGCCGUACGUGUGCCAGGAGUGCGGCAAGGGCUUCGCGCGCCCCUGCGACUUCGAGACGCACGCGCGCACCCACACGGGCGACUGCCCCUACGAGUGCAAGGAGUGCGGCAAGGUGUUCGGCGGGCGCUCCAGCCUCGAGAUGCACACGAGGACGCACACGGGCGAGAAGCCGCACGCCUGCGGCGAGUGCGGCAAGGCGUUCGCGAAGCGCUCCCACCUGGAGAAGCACGUGACGACGCACACGGGCGAGAAGCCGCACGUCUGCCCCGAGUGCGGCAAGGGCUUUUCCUACUGGUCCACCCUCGAGGUGCACACGCGGACGCACACGGGCGAGAAGCCGCACGUGUGCGGCGAGUGCGGCAAGGGCUUCAUCCACUGCUACAGCCUGGAGAGGCACAAGAGGGCCCACACGGGCGAGAAGCCGCACGCGUGCAAGGAGUGCGGCAAGGAGUUCGUGCGGCGUUACCAACUGGAGGAGCACACCAGGACGCACACGGGCGAGAAGCCGCACGUGUGCGUGGAGUGCGGCAGGGGCUUCGUGCGGCGCUGCCAACUGGAGGAGCACAAGAGGACGCACACCGUGGAGAAGCCGCACGUGUGCGGCACGUGCGGGAAGGGGUUCGCGCACCCUUCCAACCUGGAGAGGCACGGCAAGACGCACAAGUGAAUCGGUGCCAUUUGAACGCCCGCCGCCGCCCGCCGCCGACUACGACUUCAUUCCUAGCCCGCGUAGUUUAAGCGGCAGCUGUCGGAUCCGUACGCUGGUGUUUUUUUGUUU